AUGACGAGCAAUGGAGUUCCGAUGAACAAUCUCCCAAUUCUUGGUGAAAAGAAUUUUGAUCGAUGGCAUGUGCAGAUGAAAGCUCUUCUGGGUUUUCAAGAUGUGUAUGAGAUUGUCACGAGCGGGUAUCAAGAACCCAGUGCCAGUGCUACUGAGGCACAACGAUCUACCUACAAAGAUUUGAAGAAAAAGGACUGCAAAGCCUUAUUCCUAAUUCACCAAUGUGUAAAUGAUGCCAACUUUGAGAAAAUUGCAAAUGCCACAACCUCGAAGGAAGCAUGGGAUAUUCUUAUAAAGAGUUAUGAAGGUGCAGAAAAGAUAAAGAAGGUAAAGCUUCAGACAUUGAGAAGACAGUAUGAGCUUCUUGCAAUGGAGGAGACUGAAUCAGUAGCUGAGUAUUUCACCAAGAUUCUCACACUCACCAAUCAGAUGAAGUGCUGUGGAGAACAGAUUAAGGAACAACUGGUGAUUGAGAAGGUGCUCAGAACACUGACAUCAAAGUUUGAUCAGAUUGUGGUGGCCAUUGAAGAAUCAAAGGAUCUUACAUCCUUCAAGCUUGAAGAACUACAAAGUUCACUUGAAGCGCAUGAGCAGAGAUUAAGAGAAAGGAAUCCUGAGAAGCACAAUGAUCAAGCCUUACAAGCUCAAACAAGCAGAAAGUUUGACAAGCAAGGAGACAAAUCCAAAAAGAACAAAGGAAAGUGGCGUGAUGAGAAGUGGAGAAAGACUGAAGAUUCAAAAUGUGGUGAUUCUGGAUCAUCUUCACAGAAAGCUGUGUCAAAUCCAAGAAGCCAAUUCUCAGGGAAAAAGAAAUGGGUCGACAAGAAGAAGGUGCAGUGUUACAACUACAGGAACUUUGGCCAUUUUGCAGCUGAUUAUACAUUCAGUAAAGGCUCUCAUGUGAAAGGUGAAGAAGAAAGGUUGGCACAAGAGGAGAAUACAGAAGAUUAUCACUAUCUGCUGAUGGUUACCACCAAAAAUGAUCUUCAGUGUGCUAAUUUCUGGUACCUAGACACUGGUUGCUCAAACCAUAUGUCAGGGAGAAGAUAG